UAACCCUCGUAGUACUGCAUUUAUCGCGUAUCUAUUUUUGCAGUAUUAUUACACUCUGUGCUUAAUUUUUUAAAUAAUUUAGAAUUCCUUUGAACAGGAAAGAUCCGAAAUUAUCCCAAGAAAUUGUGUAAUCAGUAGAACUGCGAAUCAUGAACACCGGUACGCGGUGAAUGAUCGGUGACCAUAAUAUUGUGUUAAUUACACCUGAUUUGAAAGACUGAUGAAGCCACAGUACACCUGACGAUCGAAAGUAUAAGUGGUCAACGAGUGCUUCUUCCUGCAACUUUUAACAAGGUGGAUCAUCGCUGGACGGGCAAGAGUGGUGUGCCGUGCCGUCGCGUUGUCCAUCUCGAGUAUAAAAGCCGCUUCUGCCGGCGCCGCGCUCAGUUUCGCUCCGUAGCGACCGAUUCUGAAACGACGCUCUUGACAUGGCUAUCCAUCUAACGUUGUUAGCGCUGCUGCUCGUGGCAAGUGCAUCUUUGGCAUAUCCACAAAAAGAUGGCCAGAUUUUUAGCAACGAGGCCAUAAAGCAAGCACAAAAUACCUACCUUAUUCCGAAAGACGCAACGAUACAGAAAGUACAAGAGGGUAUUGAAUUGGCGGCUUACGAGUCAAUUCCAGGCGAUCAAAAAAUCAACCUUUUUGAGAUCUUGGGAGAACAUGUGCCACCGGAAGUGGUGAACAACCUUCAAGCUCAAAUUGAUCAAAUAGGACGACCUUAGAACUGGAUCUUGUUUCUUCACCAUCUAAAUCUUUCUUGUAAAAAAAUUCUUUAGUCCUAAGUUUUGUAACGAAUAUUUAUGACAUGUGAUCUUUUUUUAACUAUGUAUUUAGA